AUGUCCAACCUCCCAGAAAGCUACAACACCCUCUCCUUCCCCCAAAUAAGUCUCUCCCACCACCCAGCAACAUCACCCUCCCCGACCCCCGUAAUCCUCCUAACCCUCAACCGCCCAUCCGCCCGCAACGCCUUCACAGACGAAAUGGCCUCCUCCCUUGCAAAAGCCUACGACCUCCUCUCCACAGACCCACGCGUCAAGGUCAUCGUCCUCACCGGCUCCGACCCCCAAAACAAGACCUUUUGCGCAGGAAUGGACCUCCACCAGCCCGUCCGCCUCCCUUCCACCCGUGACGCCCACCGCGACACGGGCGGCCUCGUCGCCCUCGCCAUGCACAACUGCUCAAAACCCAUCAUCGCCGCCAUGAACGGCUCCGCCGUCGGCGUGGGCAUCACAAUGGCCCUCCCUGCCUCCAUCCGCAUCGUUUCAAAAGACGCAAAAAUUGGCUUCGUCUUUGGUCGUAGGGGUUUCAACAUGGAGGCCUGCUCGUCCUUCUACCUGCCCCGCCUCAUCGGCGCGGGUCCGGCCCUCCACCUAUGCACCACGGGGGCCGUGUACCCGGCCGACAGCCCGCUGCUCCGCAACUUAUUCAGCGAGAUUGUAGAGCCGGAGCAGGUUCUGCCGCGGGCGCUGGCUAUCGCGGAAGACGUUGCCGCCAAUGUGAGUACGGUGGCUGCGAGGGUGAUGCGGGACAUGAUUUUACGGUCUCCGAGCUCGCCGGAGGAGGCUCACUUGCUAGAAAGCAAAAUCUUUUUCGAUCUGUUCAGCGGUCAGGAUAGCAAAGAGGGAAUGGACAGUUUUAUGCAGAAGCGGGCACCUCGCUUCGAGGCGACUAUGGAAAAAGAUUCUCCGACUGCGUACCCGUGGUGGAAAGAAACAGAUGUCAAAGCCAAGAUUUAG